AUGGAUACCGUGGAGGACCAGUCACAAGAAACAGCUCUAGUGAAGGCAAUUACGGAGUCAAUUCACCAGUCGAUCCAUGCACCAACCGAAACACAAUCAGAACCAUCGAAGCGACCCUCCAAGACAUCGAAGAAGAGACUCGCUAACGAACUCCCCCCGCGGAUAACCCGCAUGAUGACACGGGUAGCCGAGGCAACAAAGAAGGCGUGUCUAGAGCGGCAGGAGGGGGAGACAGAAGCCGUGUUUGACGAACACCGGAAGGAGACACACGCGCAGCAGCCGAUAUAUAUCGACGAAUCAUCGAGCAUCAACGAACAAGACACCGACUACCGGCCAUCGUCAGUCCUUCAGGAAAGAAACAGCAAUACCUCGAAGGGACGUAUAGCCCGCAAGGCAGCCGGGAAGGAGAACGCGGUCUUCCCAAACAUCGCCAAAUCCACCAAAUCUGCGCCAGCGGGGCGGAGUAGGCCCAUAAAGCGCAAGCACGGCGAAGACACCGCAGUCGGCAAGAUAGCUAGUGUAUCGACAAGCUUCAGCAACCGAUCCUCACUAAAAGAGAAGAGGAAGAAGUCCAAGAAGCCAAGAUCAACCAAAUCAGCCAAGAAACAGAACCCCAACUCACCUCAGGAUGAGUAG